AGAUUCUUUCUAAAGAUACCUUUUGAACAGUCAUUAGGAGCUUGGACUUUACAACAGACGAGUGAAAAUAGUGUUUUGUGGAUAGCUUGAGAAGAUAAUUGUUCAAAAAUGUAUCAGGAAACAACAACAUGGGAAUCUCGCACUUAUGAAUAUCACAACAAAUACGUACGAAAUUAUCGAGCUAUUGGUGUGCUAUGGGCCAUCCUGACUGUGUGCUUCGUUAUCAUCAACAUUGUGGUGUUUGUUCAGCCACAGUGGAUUGGAGACACGGGGAGUAUUGAUGCCGCAGGGUAUGGCCAUUUUGGUCUGUAUCGCCACUGUGCGUUGAGGUCCAACGAAGCCCUUGUGUGCUCUGGUGGCAUUGAUAACUGGGAUACGAUACUAUCGCCAGCAUUUAAGGCAGCGACAGCGUUCAUCGGACUCUCUGCACUGUUCAUACUGCUGUGCAUUUGCUGCUUCCUGCUAUUCUUUUUCCUUAGAGCAUACUAUGUGUUUUAUAUAUGUGGAACUAUACAGGCACUGUCAGUCCUGUGUAUGUUCCUGGGUUGUGUCAUCUACCCAGCAGGCUGGGACCAUCUUAUUGUCUACAAUGUGUGCAAAGGGGGUCUUUAUAACGCUGGCGUCUGUCAGAUUCGCUGGGCGUUCAUUCUCGCCAUCAUCGGCAUCUUUGAUAUUCUCUUUCUGUGCAUCCUGGCCUUUGUUCUGGCACUGAAAUAUCCUAAGGCACUACCAACGUAUUACAAGAGUGAGACGAUGACUAAAUCGGAGAUGAAUGGCUACCACUACGACACUGCCUCGGACAAGAAAUCCAAUAUGGCGAUCAACCCUGUGAUGAUGAUGCCACCACCUCCACACGAGGCAGAUCGUUAUUCGGAGUACUCUCAUCGCAGCGACCCUGCACGUUCCAGACGUUUGGAUCCACAUCACAAGGGAAGAUCUGAUUUCCAGCUGUAGAUUAGUUCUCAACUGCAACUCUGUUGAAAAUGAGAUUAUUCUGGACUCACUCUGAUAUUCUUUUUUUUUCUCUUUCUCUCUCUUGCCAAUUGUUCAAAUUUAUAUUUUGUAUGAAAAAAUUUAUGAUUAAGGUAUGAAAUUUGAAUUUGGUUUUAGAUAUUCCGCCAAAAGAGAAAUUCUGCAACUGCAAGUCCAGUUAUGAGUUUAGUUAUAUUUCAACACAGGGUAGUUUGAUUUUUAAGCACUUUCUAUCUAUGAUGUGUUUUUAAAACUUAUACUUUUGAUACCUGAUCCCUUAAUUUUUGCAGCAAUACUAAAGCUCCAUUUGAAUUGAUUUUAUCUAUAAUUAUGGGGGAAAAAAGACAGUUACAACAGAAAGUAACUGAUAAAAUCAGCUAUGUGUGUAUUUUAUCCAGGUUUGGGAAAAAAGUCUAAUUUUUUCCACCUUUUUGCAACUACAGUAUUUUAUUUAUUAUCAUUAUACACAUGAUUGGUAAUUGGUAAAUUCCUGAGUAUCUCUUGUCAUUUUAUCCAGCUAAUCUCUAGCUUAAGAUGAUGCAUUACAGAUUUGUAUCGAGAGAAAAUGGGAACAAUUAAUACACAGCUUUAAAAGAAUGCUCAUACCUAAAUCAACACCACUAGUACUGAGGCUGAUAUUUGACUUGUUUAGAGGGCGUGUAUUAAAGUACUCCUAGCUGCCAAGGUAUGCUGUGUAAACAGAUUAAACUUUACUUUAGGAUUAUGCACUUUUUACAUCAAAAUGUUCUAAAACACCAUUCAGGUUUGUAUUUUGAGAGUUAAAGAGAAUGAAAUUUUUAUCAAUAUCUAUGCAUUCAUGAUUUGACAGUUUGAUUUUUAUAGGAUCUUCCAUAUAUUUUCAUAACAUUAUGAGAUUAUUGAUCAAAGCCUUUAUAAUAUAUUGUUAGGAUUAAAAGUAUCAGAUAGGUUUCACUUUGAAAAAUACAUUGCAAUGCAUUGUAGUAUUGACACAAAUAUCCAUUUAUAGGUAGUAUUCAGUGGGCUUAAUUUGUAGCAAAAAAAGAAAAGUAAUUGGAAGUAUAUUAUGUAUGUUGUUGUUAGGAAAUACCAUUGUUGACAACUUGAAAGACAGGUUACUUUGUUCUUUAUCGCUGACUUGACUUUGGUAUCCUCCCCUGUUUCCCUACAGUGUACAUAAUGCCCAGUGCAAAUAUUUUACUACCAUAUCAGCAGAGUUUACAUGGAAAAAUUUCUUGAUAAAAUAAUGCCAUAAACACUUAUUAAUCAGAAGUUUAUCUGUCCCAUUUUGAUUGCAGUUUGCAAAUAAUUUUUUGUCUUUCUAAAAUGAUCAUAUUGCUGUUUGAUAUUCUUAAACAUCAUGGUUGGUAAUCAUAGUAACAGAAUACUCUAUAAGAAACAUUUUAUGGCUCUUUUUGAAUUAUCCACUUAUGCCUAGCAACAGAUUUUUCUUUUCCAUUUCUUCAAAACUAAAAAUAGGUUUCAGAAUUUGAAUUUUGCUUGCCCUGAAAGAGAACCAGUGCCAUCUCUCACCUCUGGGCAUCAUCUUUACUCUUCAUGCUUUUAUUCCUCAUCUAAUGAUUUUGAAGUAAUUUAGAAGUGGUCUAUUUAUGUGAUGUUUUAUGGUGAUAUUUGAUUUAAAAAUGAACACUGUUUGAUAAAAAAAAAAAAAGAGAAAGAAGACUUGCCCUCUAGCCCUUAAUGUAUAAAACUGUAAAAAAAAUUGUUCAUGUCCUGAGGAAUAACAUUAACUCUAUGACCUGAUUUUACUUCUUACGGUAAAUAAGAUAUUAAAGUGAAGUACACAACAUUUUUAAAGUGGUAAGACAUGCCUUUAGGGAAAAUGUAAGGUAGGCAAACAGAACUCUGUGGAUGUAUUUGACAUGGGGGGGGGGUAUCAAAAUGUCCGAACCAACAAUCGGUCUAUAUCUUUCAAACUGUAUCAAUUGAUGUGAACUGUUACAAUGUUAAUUUUUUUUGUGGACAUUUGAGAGACGAUUUUAUGGUUGAUUAUUAUAUACAUGUAAAGGGGCAGAUAAGAAAAACAAGUGCAAGGACUUUGUAUUUUGGAAUUGAAUGUAUAUCCUUUCUUCUCUAGUAAAAGGUAAAUUGAUGAAUUUUUGU